AUGACUCGUUCCCGCUGUGAGUUGCGACCCUCCCAAGGUCCUUCUAAAAAUAACCCAACUGCCAGUAGCCGCUGGCCAUUAAUGUUCCUCAAAAUAGAGCGAAUCUUUAAGAAUGUUAAAAAACUGACAACGAACAAAACCGCAGCCUGGUCCGCGUCUUUCACGAAUCUUCUCACUUCAAAAUCACCAAGCGAGGAACCUAAAGGUCGAUUACGUCGCGAUACCUUUACCUCGAUUACCGAAGCGCACAUCGCAUCUCCAUCGCGAGACAGCCCGCACCCCCCGCAAAGCAGAACGAGCAGGCCGUCCUCGAGACCUAUGAGUAUCGUGCAGCCAUACCAACCACCGCUACUAGAGGUGGAGCGGGAUACUUUACCAGAGCUGCAGCCAAUAUUUACGUUUCUAAAUAGCCAUAGCAAGAAGCUAUACACGGAGGGGUAUUUCUUGAAAUUGAACGAUUUAAAUCCUGAUGGGAAGCCAAGUCAUGACAGAAAUUGGCAGGAGUGCUUCGCGCAGCUGGUAGGGACCGUGUUAUCGUUAUGGGAUGCGGCGGAAUUAGAUGCGGCAAAGCCGGGGGAGGAGGUUGUGCCAACAUUUUUGAACCUCACAGAUGCAUCGAUUAAGAUGAUUGAUACACUUCCAACUCGAUCAUCAGAUGUUCCUCCGCUCACUAAUGUCCUUAGUAUUUCCACUGCUGGGCGAAACCGAUACCUUUUUCAUUUUAAUUCCCACCAUUCACUCACGCAAUGGACUGCCGGUAUCAGGCUGUGUAUGUUUGAGCACUCUUCUCUCCAGGAAGCCUACACUGGCGCAUUGAUCGCCGGAAAGGGUAAGACACUCAACGGUAUCAACACGAUAAUCGAGAAGACUCGCUUCAAGUAUGAGGAUUGGGCAAGAGUGCGAUUCGGCGCCGGUACACCAUGGCGUCGAUGUUGGGCAGUAAUCACGCCUCCAGACGAAAAGCAAGUCAAGAAGCAGAAGGCGCUCUUGAAAAAGGCCCAGAAAACAGGAUAUACUUCUAUUCCUAUCCUCAAGGGAGAUAUCAAGUUUUAUGAAAAUAAGAAGAGCAAGAAAUCGCAGCCAAUAGCGACAAUUACGGAUGCCUUUUCAGCGUACGCUAUUUAUCCCCAGAGCAAGCCGCUGAUAGAUCAGAGCACCCUUGUCAAGAUAGAGGGCAAGAUCACCAUUAAUUCAGACCCACCAACAACGAGUGAGGGAUUUGUGUUUGUGAUGCCAGAGGUGCACCCGGCUGUCAGUGGGUUUGAAAUGAUGCUGAAGUGGCUGUUCCCCACGUUUGAUACCUUUGCACUUUAUGGACGCCCAAAUAGGUUGGUUCCAGAUAUCAAUGACGUAAAGAGCUUGAUGUUUGCAAUGCCCAGGGAACGACAAUAUGGGUAUCUGGAAGUGGCAGAUAUCAUGUCAUUAAUUGUCUCCGAAGGGACUGCUAUCAACACUGAGGCGGAGUGGAGAGCUAAGUUGAAGAACGCAACUUACGAGAAGAUGAAAAACGAAUCAAGGACCGCAAGGCCUAGAACCAGUCUUCCAGCUGGACAAAGGUUCCCCGGUGGAACUUUCGAUGGCGACUCUCAGAGAUCAAGCUCUUCUCUACCCAUUCCAGCAUCUCAACUUCCACCACAGCAUGUUCCGUUGAAUACUCCACCAUUGCCCUCGAACAAUUAUCAUCAACGUUCAACAUCUGAGUCGACAGGGUACAUGCAGUAUCAGAAGCAACAGAGGGCUUCCCCUUCACUUUAUUCUAUGGCAGAGGCCCAGCAUGAUUCCCAACAGGGUCAAGGUUUAGCUCGAAGUGAUUCUGGAUCUUCUGAUUCUAGCUUAUUCCAAGGUCGUCCCAUUGAUCCUGCUGCACGUCGUCUUCAGCAACAGACGGAACAACCGGCCUUUUCGGAAGUUCCAGCAACGCCAACAAUGACUCAUCCUCCAAGCUCGAGACCAAACCAACUGCCCCAGUCGCCUCAGCAGGCUCCACAAAUACAGAGACGGAUUUCUAAUAAUACACUAAAUGAAAUGGGAACUUCAGCAGCAGCAGCAGCAUUCUUGAAAGAGACAGGGGGUUCUAUCUCGCCUCCCUCAAGCCCACCGCACCUAUUACCUAGCCAGAACUCGCAAAUCACUGAGCAGAGCUCACUUGGAUAUCGAAGCCUUGAGCCCCCACCAGGGUUUGAAAUUCAGAACUCGCAAGUUUUAAUUUCCGGGCCCCCACCAAUGGGCGAUUCGAAGGUUGCGUACGAGGAAGGCUACGGCACUAUUAGGCAGCCUCCCCCUCCACAGCAGUCAUUUCAGCAAGUGCAUCGCCAAUACCAACAGCAGGAACAACAGCAGCAACAGGGAAGUGGUCAGUUGGAUAUUGGUGUUCCGGAGGGACGUCGUCCUAGAUUCUCAUGGCAGGACACACCUGGAGGUACCCUUAUCCAACCAGUAAAGGUAGUCCCCUACACCGUUAUGGAAGGUCUGGAAUCACCGUCACCGCAUAUUCCUACCCAAGUUCCGCACAGGUCACCUAACGCUCACCAGAUUCCGAGUCUCCAAACCCAGAACAUCUCUAGAAAGCCGACUAACGGCACAGCCUCUGCUGACGAUACGCCAAAGACAACAGACAGUAUCGAAAGCCUUGCGAGGCAUCUAAUGAGUCAAGAGGCGCUUGACAAAAUUGGAAGAGAUAGCGAUGAUGUUACUUAUCAGGAGGAGGAUACUUUUGAUCGACGAAGAGCCAGUAGAUUGCAGCAGAUGUUGAGUGAGAAUGCCGAGAAUAGCGGAAGUGAGUAUGGGAGUGAGGAAGAAGACGAACCUGAUUAUUCGAGCGUACACACGAGGGAGGAACCACCAAAAAGAGAUGCAGACAUGCCAAGAGCGGGAGUAAAGAAAGUUGUGGGGACGACCAUUGAACCGGAGGUUGUGGUGGGUGACGUGUAUUACAAAUCAACUGCUGCGGAGCGAAAAGCGUUGGCUGCUGAUAUUCCCAAAGUUGAUUUUGGGACGACGAUAAACCACGGGCGUAGUUUGAGUGCGGAGAGUAGAGGUAUUGGUAGGGGAAAUGGACAGUUCAUGGAACCGGAUGCUACUAUCGCGUCAGGUCUUGCUUCUCAGCACGGUACUAUGUUGGGCGGGAACCGUAGGGACUCCUUCCAAGCGUUGAAUGUGGAUUGGUCCGAACACAACCGUGAAUCUUCCAGGUCUUCUGCUGGUAGCGAAAAACGUGAUUCUUGGAACAGGCCUUCCCCGGACUCCGGAAACGAGCCUCACAGUUCUGAGAGCGGCGAAUCAAAAAGACGGAGCAUGGUCUGGCAACCCGGAAUGGUUCCAGUUGCUGGGGGACAAAGAUCUCCGGAUCGAGCAGCAGAGCAAUACGUAUCUGAUAAAGCUACUGCUGCUGCGGUGCAACAACAAUCAAGGAGUCGUUAUAUUCAUCAGCGAAAAGCUUCCGGCACCCCCUCACCAGGAAGCCGCAACAUAUCUAGUGAAUUGCUCCCCACAUUACAAAGACACAGUUCAGCCUUCAUCCCGAACGGUCUGGUUUCAUCUGCUGCUGACUUGUCCGCACAUCUUUCUGCACGCGAACAGGAAUAUGUUGCAAAGCAAACGGGGUCAACUCUCCUCCAUCUAGACAAUGGUAAAGGCAAAAAACAACCACCUCACCAGACUGGUCUUCUUGGCGCAAUUGAGACAAGAGAGAAGGAGAAGAAACUCAUGAAGGGUUCAUGGUCUGGUAAUGGAAACAGCGCAACAGUUCAACAAGCCAUUGCCCAACGACAACAGCUCAAGCAGCAACAGCUCCAGCAGCAACAGCUCCAGCAGCAACAGCUCCAGCAGCAACAGCUCCAGCAACAACAACUCCAGCAGCAACAGCUUCAACAGCAACAGCUUCAACUUCAGCAACAGAAGCUUCAACAGCAACAGCAGCAAGCUUUGUUAAGGGAGAAAGCCAAAUCCCCAAGUCCGAGAAUGAGCAGUUACGGCGCAUACGAAGGUGCAGCAGGCUAUUUUCCUCAAAAUGCGUAUACAUCGCAAAGUCAAACAUUAUUGCAACAACAGCAGUAUCAGCAGUUCUACAACCAGCAACAAGCGUAUGGGCAGCAGCAAUAUGGUAAUGUACAGGGGAACGGGUUCGUGAGGCAGUAA